AUGUGUUCAAUCCCAUUCAGACCCAUCGCCAACGCCGUAGACAACAAUGCCGAUGCGUCAAAGCGAAAGCUCGCCGUCAAAAUCGUCAUAGCCGAUCUGCUCAUCCCAGGCGAUGGCGAGCCUCAAAAGAAUGCUGCUCUCGUAUACCAAGGGAAACUCAUCCUCUGGACUGGUGGCCAGGCUGAUUUGCCCUCUCACUACCAUGAUCGAGUGGUGCAGCAGUUCCACGUCCCAUACUUGAUGCCCGGUCUGUGGGAUUGUCAUUCGCACUUCAUAGGCUCGGGGCCGCAGGACGAUGCGCUGCCUCCCUACCAGGUAUUCGUCUCCGUCCAUCCAGCGACUCAUGGCGCUCGCCUUGCGCGCGGUUGUUGGGAAGCGCUUCAACGGGGAUAUACAUCACUGCGUGAUCUUGGGGGAUUUGGUUGCGAGGUCGCCCAGGCCAUCUCCGACGGCACCAUCGUCGGACCAAACAUCUAUAGCUCGGGUGCGUGCAUCAGUCAGCUUGCUGGCCACGGGGAUGUCUUUGCUUUGCCAGCCGGCGACGCGCUUCUAAAUCUCGGUGUGGGUGAAACUCGUCCCGGUCACUAUGGCUCCAACAUUAGCUGCCUCGUUGACGGGCUUGAUGAGUGCCGGCGCGCUGUGCGACUUCAGAUCCGUCGCGGGGCCAAGUGUAUCAAGGUCCUGGCGUCCGGGGGCAUCAUGUCCGCAGACGACAAUCCGCUCUACGCACAAUUCAGCCCCGAGGAGUUGGAUGUGAUCGUGGCCGAGGCCACACAUAUGGGGCGCAGUGUGGCCGCUCACGCUCACGGCAAGCCAGGCAUCUUGGCUGCUGUCCGAGCGGGCGUAACGACCGUCGAGCACAACUCGUUCGCAGACCAGGAAUGCAUCGACUUGAUGAAGGAGAAAGGCAACAUCUACGUGGCCACGGCAUCGGCGCUGACUGCCCUCCGAGACUCGAACGGCAAAGGCUUACCUGAGUACGUCUGGGAAAAGGCCCAAUUGGCACUGAAGAGCCACUGGCAUGCGUACGAGCUAGCGGUCAAGAGCGGUCUAACUAUCGCCCUUGGUGUAGAUACAGCACCCGGAUAUCCCAUGGCCCAUGAGAUUGAACUGGCCGUCAAAGCAGGCAUGUCUCAUCUUGAAGCUCUGAAAGCUGCAACGGCUCACGGACCUUUGACUGUUCAGGGUCAGGUGCCAUUGACCGGUCAAUUGAAAGAAGGAUAUGAAGCCGACUUCAUUGGCGUCACUGAGAACCCCGUUGAAGACGUCCGCGUCCUGCAGGAUCGGAACAAUAUAAGAUGGGUCUGGAAGGGCGGUCGGUUGUACAAAGGCCCCAGAGUUGGGCCUUGGGGCGAGGGUGACGGCGGUCUCUAG